AUGACAACAAGCGGACGAAGCAAGAGCAUUCAUUCCUUCUUUGAUGAAUUUGUUAAUUCUAAGACUAUGUUGAAUGAAUUUGUAGCUCAAUAUGAUAAAGCACUUAAGUCUCGAAGAGCCGUUGAAGAAGAUGAAUACUUCAAAACUAUAAACUCGAAGGCAGUUCUUUCAUCGGUUCAUCCAAUAGAAGUGAGAGCCGGAGAAUGUUAUACUAGAAAGAUUUUUGAGAUUUUUCAAAAAGAAUGGAUAGAAGCUAAUAACAACCUAACUCAUGAGACAAAGAGACAUGUUCAAACCCUUCCUGACCACUAUAUUUUACCUAGGUGGACACUUGAUGCUAGGUUCCAAGUUGGUACUAGUAGUAUUGGAUUAGAUGAAAUGAAUAAUGAAAAGGAAGUUAGUGCGUUAACCCUAUGGUAUGUUCGUGCAAACAGUACUAAAGCAAUCGAACUAGCAAAAAAUUCCCCUUCAAAGAUAAGAAGACUCAAUAAUUUAUUAGUAAAGUUUCUAGAAGAUGAAGUGAUUCACAAUAAGCUAAAUGCACUUGAAAAUCCAUCUCAAUAUUUUUGUACAGGAAUUUCUCAAGUAGACAUUAUGCCUCAGUUGUCUAUUCGGGAUCCUCUUGUGCUGACCAAUACGAAAGGACGUCCCAAAAAUGCAAGCAGAAUUAAGUCUUCUUUAGAGAUGGCGAAGAAAAAAAGAACUUGUUCUCACUGUAAAGGAUUUGGUCAUUAG